AUGCCACUGCUCCCAAAUCUCCCCUCCCUCCUGUCCCUCCCAAUCCCUCUCAUCGCCCUCCUCCUGAAUCCCCUCCUCCCCACUGUGUCCGCUGCCGAAGGAGCUGCAGAAGCCGUCGACACGGCAGGAUUCUGGGUCGGCUUCACCCUCGUCUUCGUCAUCUCCGCCGUUGAGUCUGCCGCCUCCGUCAUCUGGACCCGUUUCCGCGUCACCUCUGACGGCAUCCACCCUAUCGAACUUUCCUGUCGCGUCUGCGGCCGAGAAAUAUUCCUCUCCGUCAUCGACGAGGAUGCAGCCACAGAAAUCGCCAACAACGGUAUGCCCGCAGGCUGCUACUCGGGCUCGGACUCGUCGGUGACGGCCUCCAAUAUGCAUUCGACCAUGACUCGCUCGAGGUCCGACGGCUGUAGCUGCUGCGGCGGGUUUGAGAGCAGGCACACCGAGACUCACGGGCGUAUGGUCGAGGCGGUGAUCGAUAAGUUCUUCAGCUUCAUGAUGGCGCCGACCCUGCUGAUCCGCCGCUUCAACCCCGCAACGGGCCUAAGUGCACCCGCGGGUCUCGUGAGCAACGUAAAGGGCCUCUUGAAGCCGGAUAUCAAAAGAACCGUUGGGCGGAUGCUAGAACACGGUGUGCAUCUCUUCGUCGGACUGGUAGACAUCUCCCUCGGCGUCGCGGGGCUCGCGCUAAAGCCCCAAUCCCCGCAAAACCUCUACGACACCCUGAAGGACCCGAGUGCGCCCAUGACAUUCGAAAACUACUUGACGCUGUUCUUGCUGUACUGGCUGCUGGGUGCGGUGCUGCUCCUGUGCAUGAUACCGCUGCACAGCUCCAGGAGGAGCACGCAGGCGGCACAGGGCGGCGUGGACGCCUAUGCUGAGCUACUGGAUCGGCGGCGCGAGCGGGAUUAG